CGGCCCCGGCUACCCCGAGUCUACCCCGCGCCGCCCAGGGGCAGGAGUGAGGCGGAGCGCGGAGGGAGGAGUUGCUGCCACUGCGGUCCCGCCGAUUCGUCGCCCUCCUGGGUUCCAUGGACCUGUCGCCGAUCCGGGCCCGGGGUGUUGUGGGGGAAGCGGGCCGCCCCAGCUCGCCCUCCCUACCCUGACCGACGGGGCGGGGGAAUGGGCCGGCAGCAGCCGCGCUGAGGAGCGGCCACCCGCCUGCCCGUCAGCUAUCGCCGCCUGCUUUACUUGGCCCUGUCUGGCCCGCCGACCGAGGCUCCGAACCUCUUCUGGGCCCCACGGGCCGCACGGAUUCGCUCCGGCCUGCCUGCGGCGCGGCCUCCUUGCGCUUCCUACGUCCCAGCCCGAACCCAGGCUUCGUCCCUGGGCCGUCCCAAGUCCCCGGAGCAUGUCUGGUCGUUGGAAUGGGGCCCGGAGGCCCGGCCUGGUCCUCCUGGCCGUGCUGCACUGGUGCCUGCGGGCCGCCGGGGCGGACAUCGCGAGCCAGGAGUACUACACGGCGCUCAUCAAUGUGACCGUGCACGAGCCCGGCCGGGGCGGUCCCUGGACCUUCCGCAUCGACCGUGGCCGCUACGGCCUCGACUCCCCCAAGGUGGAGGUCAGGGGCCAGGUCUUGGCUCCCCUGCCGCUGCACGGAGUCGCAGAUCAUCUGGGCUGUGAUCCUCAAACACGUUUCCAUGUCCCACCUGACAUCAAACAAUGGAUUGCAUUGCUGCAGAGGGGAAACUGUACAUUUAAAGAGAAAAUAUCACGGGCCGCUUUCCACAAUGCAAUUGCUGUAGUCAUCUAUAACAAUAAAUCUAAUGAAGAGACAGUCACUAUGACUCAUCAAGGAACUGGAGAUAUUGUUGCUGUGAUGAUUACAGAACUGAGGGGUAAGGACAUUUUGAGUUAUCUGGAGAAGAACAUCUCUGUCCAAAUGACAAUAGCUGUUGGGACUCGUAUACCAGCAAAGAACUUCAGCCGUGGUUCUCUAGUCUUCGUGUCAAUAUCCUUUAUUGUUUUGAUGAUUAUUUCUUCUGCAUGGCUGAUAUUUUACUUCAUACAGAAGAUCAGGUACACAAAUGCCCGGGACAGGAAUCAGCGUCGUCUUGGAGAUGCAGCCAAGAAAGCCAUCAGCAAAUUAACAACAAGAACAGUAAAGAAGGGUGAUAAGGAAACAGAUCCAGACUUUGAUCAUUGUGCUGUGUGCAUAGAGAGCUACAAGCAAAAUGAUAUCGUUCGAAUUCUGCCUUGCAAGCAUGUUUUUCACAAAUCCUGUGUGGACCCCUGGCUUAGUGAACAUUGUACUUGUCCUAUGUGCAAACUGAACAUUCUGAAGGCCUUGGGAAUUAUGCCAAAUUUGCCAUGUACUGAUAAUGUAGCUUUUGACAUGGAAAGGCUUACCAGAAGCCAAGCUGCUAAUCGAAGAUCAGCACUUGGUGACCUUGCCAGUGACAGCUCCCUUGGCCUUGAGCCACUGCGCACUUCAGGGAUGUCUCAACUUCCUCAGGAUGGGGAGCUCACUCCUCGAACAGGAGAAAUCAACAUUGCAGUAACAAGUGGGCACUUCUUUCAUCGCAACUCUUUGUCCCCUCGAAGCCUGGUUUACGAGAGCGAAUUCUCCAUGAUUGAGCCUUCCUUGGACAUGUACGAUGACAACAAAACCUGAGGAAACCUUGAUGUUUGGGGUCACUCUUUUGUUGGUUUCUGAUCAUUCUUCUUUUGUAUUCUUCUGUUGGUGUCUCGUCCUGGAGGAAGAGCUGCUGCGUUUCCCAUGUGAGGGUUGGGUUUCCAGGCUAAGAUCCAAAGUUCCCCCAAGAUGGGACUACCCUGCAACAAUGCGCCAUCACACAUCGCCCUUCCAAGGUUGUCCAAUCUCACAAGAAUGGUGAGCUGCAUCUGGAUACAAGAGGCUUAGCCCUGGCUCCCCAGGGUCCAUUGUGUACUGAAGGUGUCUUUUUAUAUAUUAGCAUGUACUGCUCUGUGUGAGUGGAGUUUGCCUUUCUAAUAGUCCUUGUGAUAAAGAGUUCCAUUGUGUGCCCAAGUCUACCAGGUGAUGUUUUUUUUUUCCAGUAAAGAGGAUCAUGAGCUGCU